GCAUCGUCCACUUCGCCAGCUGCAUCCCAGCCAGAUUUUUCCCCAAGCCCAAGCCCAAGUCCAGCAGCCAGUGCAAAUAAAGCUCGAGACUUACACUUACGAUGGUCAACAUCGGCCACAUUUUCUUGUGGGCCUUGCUCUUGGUCACCACUCGGGGCACUGAUCUGAGUGAUGAUGAGGCGCUCAAUGACGUUUUAGGCGAACUUGAGUUUGACGACUCCUCGCCCAGAUUAACUCGCGACACUUCUCUGUCGGCCAAGCACAUCGAAAAGAUCGAUGUGAAAUGCGACCAAGGUAAUGGCAUGAUGGUCGAAGUCGAGUUCUCCGAGGACUUCGAUGGAGUUAUCUACAGCCAGGGAUAUUUCAACGACCCCAAGUGCAACUACGUGAAGGGCGAACAAUCGGGACGAAGCUUCACUUUCACAGUGCCAUACGAUGGAUGUGGCAGCAAGCCCUCAUGCUCCGUUUGCGCCUCAAUCGAGAACAUCCUGAUCAUCCAGGAUGACAGGGACAUACAAAAUAGCUUCGACAUAGCACGUAAAAUAUCGUGCAGUCGGGGUGAUGAACGCGAGAAGACUGUUUAUUUCAAGCCAUUUGUGGUGGACAUGCUCGAAGUUAUAUCGGUGGAUACCCCAAGAGGGCCUGUAGAGUGCUGGAUGGAAAUCGGAACGGGAACUCCUCCCAAUAUUAAACCUAUUCAGGGCACUCUCACCCUGGGAACUGACAUUACGUUCACCAUCAACGUUAAGCACUCGGAACAGGCAUGGGAUCUAAACAUACUACAAUGUUAUGCCUCCGAUGACAUGGACUUUGAGGCCCGAACAACGAAGAGGUUGCAGCUGUCGGACAAAAGAGGUUGCUCGAUAAAGGAGAAAAUAUUUGGGGAGUGGCGAAAGUUUGAGCCAGGCUCCAGUCUUACAUCCACCUACUAUAAUACACUUAAGGCAUUCAGGUUCCCCGACCGAUCUCAGGUGUAUCUAAAGUGUGACAUUGAACUAUGCAAUGGAGCGUGUAAAAGGGACUACACCUGCGGCAGUCUGAAGUCGUUGCCAUGUCCUGAAGGAUCAACUGAACCUCAGUGUCUACAGGAUCAUCUAAUUUCACCGAAGCCCCGCUGCUAUCCUGGCUCCAGAGAGCCAGGCUGCCCAAAGCCCACUUCCCUACCGCCCACAACGAUCAGAAUACCAAUAGCCUCAACGUUUACGCCAAGACCACGAUGCUAUCCUGGAUCUAACGAUCCAAGCUGUACGGAGACUCCGCAGACUACAUCCCGAACCGUUUGUCCUUUGGGCUCUACUGAUCCUCGCUGUCGUGCUGCGCCGCCGGCAACAACAAAGCCAAGAUGUUUUUCCGGAUCGAGGGAUCCGGAAUGUCAACCAGCUACUUAUCUUCCACCAACCACAAGAAGAUCCUCUACCAAACCGCGUUGCUAUCCAGGAUCAACUGAUCCUAAUUGUCAACCGGUAACAAGGGCACCUAUUACAACAAUAAAGCCGAGAUGCUAUCCAGGCUCCGAUGACCCCGAAUGCCAGCCGGCAACUUAUGUUCCGUCAACAACCAGAAAAACUCCCAUUACUACGAAGAGGCCACGUUGUUACCCGGGAUCUACAGAUCCAGACUGUCAACCUAGAACAAGGCCAACGAUUACCACAUCGCAGCCAAAAUGUUAUGAAGGAUCCACUGACCCUGAGUGUCAGCCUGCCACUUAUCUUCCACCAACCACAAGAAGAACUACAAUACCACCAACCAGAGUUCCCCUAACAACAUCAAAGCCAAAUUGUUAUCCAGGCUCAACGGAUAAUCGUUGCCAACAAACUCCAAGACCCAGGUGUUAUCCUGGAUCACCAGAUCCUUCCUGUCAACCCCCACCGCGUGUAACUCAAAAGCCGCCCACUUCUUCACAGCCAAAAUGCUAUCCAGGCUCAUCCGAUCCAGAGUGCCUCAAUUGCUAUCCGGGUUCUCCCGAUCCAAGAUGUCCCAAAGUGCCAACCACAAAGAAAGCAGGAUGCUAUGAUGGUUCAGAUGACCCCAAAUGUCAACCCGCUACAUACUUACCACCUUCGUCUCGUCGACCACCGACAAUUGCACCCCGUCCACGGUGUUAUCCUGGAUCAACGGAUCCCAGUUGUCCGCAACAAACUCAACCAACCACAACCCGGACACCUAUUACUACUAUUAAGCCUAGGUGUUUCCCAGGCUCCAAUGAUCCGGAAUGUCAACCAGCUACGACUAGGAGGUCUGUAACUACCUCCAAGCCAAAUUGUUAUCCGGGCUCGACAGACAGACGCUGCCCACAAGACCUCGUGACGACAUCAAAGCCGAGAUGUUAUCCUGGCUCAACGGACCCCGAAUGUCAGCCUGCUACUUAUAUCCCACCAACUACGGCUCGAACGACAAUUACAACGUCGAGGCCAAGGUGUUACCCGGGUUCCAGUGAUCCUAGUUGCCAACCUCUGACACCGCGAACUACGCAACGACCGAGGUGUUUCCCGGGAUCCUCUGAUCCCGACUGUCAACCUGCAACUUACAUUCCACCAUCUACAACAAGAACAACGAUUGCUACUACCAAGCCGAGGUGUUAUCCUGGUUCAAGUGAUCCAUAUUGCCAACCACCAACAACAAGAAAACCACCUACUACAACGCAACCAAAGUGCUAUACGGGUUCAACAGAUCCGGAGUGUCUUAAUUGUUACCCUGGCUCACCCGAUCCUAGAUGCCCUAAGGUCCCAACUACGAAAAAGGCAGGAUGCUUUGAUGGUUCGGAUAAUCCCAGGUGUCAACCUGCCACUUACUUACCGCCAUCAACGAAGCGGACUCCUACAAUUGCACCUAAACCAAGGUGCUACCCAGGUUCAACAGAUCCAGGAUGCCCUCAAGUUACUCGACCAACAACAAGGGCUCCCACUUCCACAGCUAGACCACGGUGCUACCCAGGAUCUACUGACCUCGAAUGUCAGCCAGCUACUUACACGCCUCCGAUAACAAGAGUACCUGUGACAACUAGACUUCCCUUGACAACCGCUAAGCCGCGCUGUUAUCCAGGCUCACAGGAACCUGGAUGCCAACCUGCAACUAGGCCACCAAUUACCACCUCCAAGCCCAGAUGCUAUUCAGGAUCUGUAGAUCCCGACUGUCAGCCUUCAACUUACCUUCCGCCAACUUCUGUUAGAACCACAGUUUCAAUUGUUCCGACAACCAGAGUACCCGUAACUACAUCAAAACCAAAUUGCUAUCCGGGCUCAACAGACCGACGCUGUCCAAAGGAACCCGCAACAACACCAAAGCCUAGGUGUUACCCUGGCUCACCAAACCCAGAAUGUCAACCGGCCACAUACCUUCCUCCUACCUCAAUUCCUACGACUAGGCCGCGGUGUUAUCCGGGCUCAACCGAACUCGAUUGUCAGCCAACUACAUACUCACCUCCUACAACUAGAAACCCUGCAACUACUUCAAAGCCAAAGUGUUAUCCAGGCUCCACCGAUAGUCGCUGUCCCCAGAAAACACCUACUACUCAAAAACCAAGGUGCUAUCCUGGUUCUUCAGAUCCUGAAUGCUUGAAUUGUUAUCCUGGCUCCCCUGACCCGAGAUGCCCCAGAGUUCCUACCACAAAGAAAUCAGGAUGCUUUGACGGUUCAGAAGAUCCAAGGUGUCAGCCAGCCACGUAUUUGCCACCAUCAUCUCGUCGUCCUCCCACAAGUGCACCCAAGCCCAGAUGCUACCCAGGAUCUACAGAUCCCAGUUGUCCACAACCAACUCAACCAAUCACGACUCGAGUACCAAUAACUACACCGAAACCUAGAUGUUAUCCGGGAUCCACUGCUCCCGAGUGCCAGCCAACCUCCGCAAAGCCAGUAACUACAGCGAAGCCAAGUUGCUAUCCCGGCUCGACAGACAGACGAUGCACGCAGAUACCUGUGACUACAUUAAAGCCUAGAUGUUAUCCUGGCUCAACUGACCCACAGUGUCAGCCGGCUACUUACCUGCCACCCACGACGAUCACUACGGUUAAGCCAAGAUGUUAUCCAGGUUCUAAUGAUCCAGACUGCCAGCCUCGUCAAACAACUAAACCACCGAUAACCACUUCGAAGCCUGUUUGUGACUUAGGAUCGACGGAUAUUCGUUGCCGCCAGACACUGCCAACCACUCAAAAACCAAGAUGUUAUGUGGGAUCUACAGAUCCUGAGUGUCAACCAGCCACGUAUCUUCCUCCAACAACUGCAUCUCCAAACAUCCCACCAACCAAGCCAAGGUGUUACCCUGGAUCAACUGACUCCAGCUGUCAACCAAAAACGUAUUCUCCACCGACUUCAAGACCUCCUAUAACUACAUCGAAGCCCAGAUGUUAUACGGGCUCACCGGAUCCUGAGUGUCAACCAGCAACGUAUCUUCCACCUACGACCAGACGAACUACCAUUCCCAUCCCGAAGGCAAGGUGUUAUCCGGGAUCCAAUGACCCAGAAUGCCAACCGACAACUUAUUCACCCCCCACAACAAGAACGCCUAUAACUACACCCAAGCCUAACUGUUAUCCAGGCUCUACCGAUAGUCGUUGCCUUUCGCAACCCAAGUGCUAUCCUGGCUCAUCAGAUCCAGAGUGCCUCAAUUGCUAUCCGGGUUCUCCCGAUCCAAGAUGUCCCAAAGUGCCAACCACAAAGAAAGCAGGAUGCUUUGAUGGUUCGGAUGAUCCGAGAUGUCAACCCGCCACCUAUUUACCUCCUUCAUCCCGUCGACCACCUACUAUUGCACCCAAACCGAGAUGUUAUCCAGGAUCUACAGAUCCCAGUUGUCCGCAACCAACUCAACCUACCACAAUAAGGACACCAGUAACUACAUCUAGACCUAGGUGCUAUCCUGGAAGUACUGAACGCGAUUGUCAACCAGCCACAAAAUCCCCACCGACAUCUAGAUCACAGAUAACUACCUUGAAACCCAGAUGUUAUCCUGGGUCAAGGGAUCCUGAAUGUCAACCAGCAACUUACACGCCACCAACUACAAGGACGCCUGUGACAACAUCCAAACCAAACUGCUAUCCAGGCUCCACAGAUAAACGCUGUCCGCAAGAGCCCGUAACAACCCAAAAAUCUAGAUGUUAUCCCGGCUCACCGGAUCCUGAAUGUCAGCCCGCAACUUACCUUCCGCCUACAACCUCGCGCCCGACAAUUCCUCCAGCUAGACCUAGGUGCUAUCCGGGUUCCAGUGAUCCAAGCUGCCAGCCAACAACGUAUUUGCCACCGACAACUCGAACGCCUGUAACUACGGCGAAACCAAAUUGUUAUCCCGGAUCAACAGAUAGUCGGUGCCCACAGAAGCCUCAAACGACGCCAGCACCAAAAUGUUACCCAGGGUCUUUAGAUCCCGACUGUCAGCCUACCACAUAUCUUCCGCCAACCACACCAAGGCAAACAAUUCCUACAACCCAGCCUAGGUGUUAUCCUGGAUCAAGCGAUCCGUAUUGCAAACCACCAACAACAAGAACGCCUUUGACAACCCCAAAACCAAAUUGUUAUCCUGGAUCCACGGAUAGUCGUUGCCCACAGAAGCCACCCACUAUUUCGGUGCCCAAAUGCUUCCCUGGAUCAUCAGAUCCGGAUUGUCUGAAUUGUUACCCUGGUUCGCCCGAUCCCAGAUGUCCUAAAGUGCCAACCACAAGGAAAGCAGGAUGUUCAGAUGGCUCAGAAGAUCCAAGAUGCCAGCCAGCCACGUACUUGCCACCUUCAGCUACAAAAGCACCUAAGCCCAAUUGUUACACGGGAUCAACUGACCCUAGGUGUCCGCAACCAACUCAGCCGACAACCUCAAGGACGCCAAUUACGACAACUACGUGUUACCCAGGCUCUCCUAAUCCUGACUGCCAAACAGCAUCAAGACCACCUGCAACAACUUUAAGGUCAAAAUGUUAUCCCGGGUCUAAUGAUCCCGAAUGCAUACCGUCAACUUAUUCUCCUCCGACUACAAGAAUUCCAAUAACCACACCCAGUCCAAAUUGUUAUCCGGGCUCGAAGGAUACACGCUGUCCACCGGCGCCAGUAACUACACAGAGACCCAGGUGUUACCCCGGCUCUAAGGACCCUGAAUGUCAACCCGCUACUUACCUCCCACCGACGACGGCAAGGACAUCAAUUCCGACGGUUAGGCCAAGAUGUUAUCCGGGCUCCAAUGAUCCAGAUUGUCAACCGCCUACAAACACGCCUCCGAUAACUAAGCCGCCUAUCACUACACCCAUUCCCCGCUGCUAUCCGGGCUCAAAUGAUCCCUCUUGCCAGCCCGCUACUUAUCUUCCACCCACAACUGCUAGCAGGUGCUAUCCCGGCUCCAGCGAUCCUAGAUGUCAACCUGCCACAUAUGCUCCUUCCUCGACAAGAGCUCCUUUAACUACAUCCAGGCCCAACUGUUACCCCGGCUCCCCGGAUAGUCGCUGUCCCCAGAAACCGCCAACGACACCUAGACCAAGGUGUUAUCCGGGAUCUUCAGAUCCUGAGUGCCUGCCAGGAACAACUUCCAGACCUCCGAUUGCUGGAACCACGCCUGUGUACUGCUACCCAGGGUCCAUUGAUCCACGUUGUCCUGAUUCUGGGUACAGGGGCACAAGCCGAAUUCCAGCCACAUAUCUGCCGCCACUGAGUGAUCCUGGCUACGAUAGAACUAUUCGAAAUGCGAAGACUCUGUUCUUUAACGAAAUCAACCACUUGGCAUUCACAGACAACAACGUCUUCGAGCUCGACGAUGAUGAAGUCGAGAAGUCAAGGGUCAAGCGCGAGUUGAAACUUGACGGGGAUGACCUCCUGUCGAAGAGAAUCAUGAAGCGCGAGUCCGACGAGCUUCCUUCCGAGCAAGAAGUGAUUUCCCUAACCCUCGGAGUUAGAACGGGCAUCAGUGUAAAUUAGUCGUUGGAUGUCUAGUAGAUUGUAAGGCAUACAAUAUUACAAUAUCAUUAUACACCGAUAUGUAUUUACCUAGAAUGAUAUUCUUUAAAUAUAAACUAUGUACAAAUGUAAA